AAAUUCCAAUUCCUCCCUCCCUCCCUGACUAAUAGAAGUCAUUUAUCGUUGGAAUUGGAACUAAUGGCGAUGAGAACAGUAUUACUAAGCAAGGCAUUCAUCCCACCACUCACUGUCUCCAUUCUCUUCCUCUUCUUCUACUUCUUUUCCUGUCACUCAUCGAAUUCAUUUCUUCAGCUCCAUAAAACGAGUUCUCCUGUGGAUCAAUGGGUAAGUCCUCUUAUGCAAUUUUUAACAUUUCUAAUGCAUUACUUAAAAAAAUCUCAAUAUCUUCACACCAAAUUAGAGUUACUCAUAUCGUACUAUACAAAUCUAAUGUAGCUUUUAUAUGAUAUAUUACGGUAUUUGUUGAUCUAAAUGUCUACCGUCUUCAUAUGAAGGAAUGCUUGAUAAAAUCUGGUUUCUAGUUAGUUUUAGAUGGUUAAAGUUUGGGGUUAUUGAUAAAAUGGUAAAUGAACUUUGAUUUGAAGCUCUAGUCACCCGAGUUUAUAAAAAUUAAUGAAAUAGCCAUCCUAUUUAUCAAUUUCAUAUUUUCUCGUCAAGAUUGUCUACAUUAUGUGGUGUAACAACUCCAUAACAAGAUAGUGUCAUAUGAAUUCUAAACGUACAAUUAUCAAGAGAGGACAUGGUUGGAGACUUAGAGUGGCUUCUAUUGUAUGACUUAGGAUUAGAUCAGGUUCAUGUCAGUUGAUUAACAUAUGUAUAAUCCCUCUUAUUAUUAAUUAUUUGCUAGAGUUUGCAUCCUAAUAAAAGACAAUUUUUUGUUGUUGUCAAAUGGAUAAAAUCUUGGCUUUGUCAUUUUAUGAGAUGAUGAGUAUUGUAAUUACAGAAGGGACUGAGGCAAGUGCUGAGACGAGCUUCAAUGGAAACCAGAACAGUAAUCAUAACGGCGAUCGACAACUCGACGACGACCCCUCGUCGUCCUGGCUCGCCGCCGGCGGUGGACGAUUUCCUGGAGAGUUUAAGGAAUGGGACGGCCACGAAACACCUUGUGGAUCACUUGGUGAUCUUAACUUUCGAUCCCCAAACUUUUCAUUAUUGCAAAUCCAUCCAUCCUCACUGCUUCAAGUACCCAAAUUUCAAUAGCCUCCACGAUCACCAGCCUCAUAAAUUAGUUGGCUUGUUCAGGAACGAGCUUCUACGGCAAGUGCUUGAAUUUGGAUACAACUUCUUUUAUACGGAUGUAAUUUUGUCGUGGGAGAGAAACCCACUUUUGUUGUUUGGAUCUGAAGAUAAAAUUUCAAUUGGAUGUGAGUUUUUUUCAACGGUUUCAAAUACUAACAAUGCGGAGUACUUUUAUAUGAAGUCUGGUCCAGUAUCAAUCGCAUUCUUCAAGAUGUGGAAGUUGAUCAACGUAAUAUACCCUGAUACAAUUGUCCAUAAUUCUCUUUGUCGGCUGAGAUUUAAUGAAAAAUUUGGCCCAGUUGUCAAGUCAAUGAUUAAGUCGGUUGAUAGUACAAAGUAAUGUAUUUAUUUUGGCAUUUUCUGGAGAUAAUAUAGAAACUCAAGAUGACGAAUAAAGUUAUUUUGCAUUCAAUUUUGGGAUAAAAUAGUUUGAAGAGACAAUCAUUUCAUAUAGAAACUCAAGAUGACGAAUAAAGUUAUUUUACAUUUAGUUUUGGGAUCAAAUAGUUGAAGAGACAAUCAUUUUUCAUAUAUUGGAUCUGUUUGAUGUUGUUAUUGGCAGGGAAGAUGCAACACAAGAGCCUAUGCUCUGCAACACCGUCAUGUUGUCCUGACAAGCCGAUUUACGUAAAAGUAAUCACCAAUCAGGACGAUGAAAUAUUCUAAGUUAUCUGCAGCAUUUUUUUAUAAUGGUGACAUCAAUUAAUUAAUAAUCAACAAGAUAAAAAGAUACAAUUAAGACCAGGCAUGCAAACACCAGUCCGGGUCUCAACAACAGAGUUCCAAUCUCAGCCAGCUGCAUAGGUCAUAGAAAAAAAAAAAUGACGAAGCCGCAGUAGCCCGGGAAAGCAGCAAGAAGCAAAAUAAAACAAAGCAAAGUCUCCCUCGAAACUCAACGAAACUUAAUCCUUGUCGCCAACUGUUCUUCUCUUCAGAAUUAAAUAUUCUACUUCGAAAUAAUUAACUUGAUUAAGUUUGGUUUCUAGAACAGCAGAACAUUAUCUUUUUUUCCUCCUACCUCCAACCAUUAGGUUAGGGGUUUGAUCACUUCUACUGUUCUCUAAAGAAUUGUAGAUUUGAGGUACAACAUGAACAUUUAUAUUUGAAUUCAACAUUCAUAUGUUUUUGUCUUCAAUGCGUCAUUAUGAGCAUGCGAUUCAUGUCAAAACAAUAUCUAUCGUCAGAGAAAUCUAUAAAUGGAAGCUUACAACUUUCUCAUUAAUUGUCUUAUGCUUGGAAUGCCUUUAAUGUUGCAUUUUAAGUUUUCAAAGGUAGAGAGUCUCUCUUGGCAGUGAAAGUUUACAGCCACCUCUACCGUUGUAUAACAGUUCCAGUUUAGCAUUUUUUUUGAAAGAGGAUGUUCAUUAAUACGACUGGGCUAAGCCCACAAAGGAGUCGUACAAGCGAACCAAAUUAGCUAAGGGUUGGAAGAAACUCAACACAAAACAGGCCAACAGAAAAACCCAAAAACCCAAUAGGGCCCAGACCCAUGGCCUAAACAAAGGCUAAGCCCCCAAACCCUAGCCGUCAGCGCCCUCUCUGUCAACCUCCACUGCCGCGCAGAUGUAUUGUUUUUGAGUCUCCAUCUAGGCUUUUUUUCAUUCUUCUCUCUUUUGUAUAUUUUUUAUCGUCUCGAACUGUUUCUUUUUUAUGGGUUACUUUGACCAACUGUUGGGGGUUUGACAUUCACCCCAUACAACGUACUUUUGGGCAUAGUUAGUAAAAUACGGUACGGGGAAGUUACGUAUAAAAUACGAACGGGUAUUUUACUUCGUCUCUAAACUAAUGUUACGUUUAAUAGUACGUUAAUAUUCAUAAAUAUAUAAAAUUAAUUGUUUUAUAAAUAAAUAAAUAUAUAAAUAAUAG